CUUCCGGUUUCUCAUAGCAGCCCUCCAGAAAGUUCUGACAUCGAGCGGUGCUGCUAUAAGAACCGGUCGUGCUGUUCCUGUCAGCCACAGACAGAUAGUAAACCCGUCAAGCUUCCUUCUAGCUCGGAAACACAGAGAAAAUUCGUCAAAAUGGUUCACGAAACGGGCUUCUAUGAUCUGCUCGGUGUCAGCCCGAAAGCGUCGAUGGGCGAAAUCAAAAAAGCGUACAGAAAACUGGCGCUUAAAUAUCACCCCGACAAGAAUCCGAACGAGGGAGAAAAGUUUAAGCUCAUCUCCCAGGCAUAUGAAGUGCUAUCAGAUCCCAAGAAGAGGGACUUGUACGACCAAGGAGGGGAGCAAGCUAUCAAAGAGGGAGGCAUGAACUCAGGAGCUUCUCCAAUGGACAUAUUUGACAUGUUCUUUGGAGGUGGAGGACGGAUGCAGAGGGAGAGGAGAGGGAAGAAUGUUGUUCAUCAGCUUGCUGUUACACUGGAGGAAAUGUACAAUGGUUCAACAAGGAAACUCGGGCUUCAGAAGAAUGUCAUCUGUGAGAAAUGUGACGGUUACGGUGGUAAAAAGGGUGCCUUGGAGAAGUGCUCAACGUGCAAAGGAAGAGGUGUGCAGAUCAGAGUGCAACAGCUGGGGCCAGGCAUGAUUCAGCAGAUCCAAUCGAUGUGCUCUGACUGCCAGGGACAGGGGGAAAAAUUUAGCUCUAAGGACCGCUGCAAGAGCUGCAACGGACUCAAAGUAGAACGCAAGAAGAAGAUUCUCGAGGUUCACAUUGACAAAGGUAUGAAAGAUGGUCAGAAAAUCACGUUUCAUGGAGAGGGUGACCAGGAGCCUGGACUGGAGCCUGGAGAUGUAGUAAUUGUCCUGGAUCAGAAGGAACACCCAGUUUUCCAGAGACGAGACAACGACUUGGUCAUGAAGAUGGACAUCAGACUUGUAGAGGCCUUGUGUGGCUUCAGUAAGACCGUUCAGACAUUAGACAACAGAACGCUCAUCGUCAGCACAAAACCAGGUGACGUCAUCAAACACAACGACGUCAAAUGCAUCCAGAACGAGGGCAUGCCACUGUACAGGGAUCCUUAUGAAAAGGGACAGCUCAUCAUUCAGUUCCAGGUGGAGUUCCCAGAAAAACACUGGCUCCCAGAGCAUCUCAUGUUCCAGCUGGAAAGGCUGCUUCCUCCCAGAGAGGAAGUGAUGAUGAGCGACGACAUGGAGGAGGUGGACCUCUGUGAGGUGGAGCUCAGUUCUCAGCAGAAACACUACAGCAGGGAGGUGUACGAGGAAGAUGAGGACGGGCCCAGAGGAGGGGUGCAGUGUCAGACCCACUGAAUGUAGAGUGUAGUUAAAGUCCUUUUUUUAUAUUUGUUCAUGAUUCAACCUCCCCUUCACUUUUUCACUGCUAGUUUAAGUUGUUGUUGUUUUUUUUUAAUCUUUGAUACAAACAUGCACACAGAGCUGUAUGCUCCAAAUAUAAGAAGCUGUAUUUUUGUUUCCGUGUUGUCCUUGUGUACAUAAUUAUCACCCAAAUGUUUCUGCUCAAAAGCUGAAAGGACAAUUUUUGUAUACUUUCUGUGAAGGUCGAUUGUUA